AUGGGAAAGUCGCACAAAACCGGCGGUGGUGGGCAUCACCACUCAAAGAAGCCCGACAGUGCCAAGAAGAAGGACAAAGAGAAGGAGAAGGACAAGUCCAACAAGGAAAAGAAAGCGGCGGUGGCGGUCAAGGAUGGCAAGAACAAGAACAACACCGCCGCGCUCCAGAAAUCGCCUAAAUCGAGCAAAAAGAAGGGCGACGGCAAGUCGGACAAGAGCAACAAGAAGCAGGGAGAGACCAAUAAGAAGAGUGGCCACCACCACCACAGCAAACCAAAAAGUGGCAAGGAGAAGGAGAAGAGCGGCAAGGAGAAGACCACCACCACCAAGCACAGCAAACCACCGCCAAAGAAGGAGGACCCAGUCAGUGAGGGCAGCGAAACUUCCACUGCUGAGGAAGAAGUGGUGGUGGAAACUCCGCCUAAACCGCCAAAGAUGGCCAAGGGUUCUCCGAAGAAGGCCGCUGUCGUCGUGGAGGCGACCAGCGAGGCUGGCGAGGCUAGCCUCGAGUCGAAGCAGUCCACCGGCGAUGGACAACAACAACAGCAGCAGCAGCAGUCUUCAGCUGCUCCAAACACAACUUCUUCCGCCGAAGAUCCCGGAACAACAGCUGCAGCGGAAAACGGCGAGAGCACUGCCGCCGCCACUUCCUCUGAUGAGACUUCGGACGAUGAACAACAGCAGGCAAAACCAGAGAAGAACAAGCACAAGUCAAAGCCGCCCAAGGAGAAGGAGAAGAAGCCGAAGAGCACCAAGAACUCCUCUCCGCCGAAGCUGGAGUUCACCAAGCCGACCAUCAAUCAGAUGGUGCGCGAGGAGGAGCGCCAGAAGCACCCGAAGCCGCCGCUGGUGGACACGCCCGCUAUCAGCCGCUACGAGUUUGAGGCAUUCAAUGAUGAGAUGGAGGAGAUGAACGCCAGUCUGGCGAUGCUGCGCAGCUCCUACGGCAGCAUCAUCACCUCGCUGGUGGCGAUGUACACGAAGCGCGGCAAGCGAGGCCAGAAGGCACAGCUGCCGCCCACCGUGGACGGCAAGGCCAACCUGCUGACGCCCAUCAACCCCAAUGCCGACGCCGAUGGAGGCCUUCAGGAGGAGGAGCAGGGCUCCAUUCUGAAGAACGCCGACAAGUACAACAUCGAGAACUUCAUCAACCCGGCGACGCGCCAGGCCGCCUUUGACGGCCUCUUCGCCGAGGUGGAGCUGCUGAAUCGGAAGACGGAGAAGUUCCGCACUGCCUUCUUCGACAAGAAGGGCUACUUUCUGCAGGAGAAGUACGACGGCCAGAAGGAGAUGAAGCUGUCGCGAAAGAAGCUCAACCACUUUUGGCUUUGGACUCGCAAGUUGACCGAAGUGAUCGACGAGAUCGCCCGCAAUUACAAUGACGAUCUGCUGAACAUGUUUCGUCUGCAUUGA